AUGGCCAAGGUGCUGCCUGCCUGCCUGCUCCUGGCCCUGCUGCUCCCGGCCCCAGCCCUGCUGGCACAGCAGGAGCGAGGGCUCGUCUUCAACCUGGACACCGGCGAGCUGUGCCUGCAGAGUGCCCAGUGCAAGAGCGGCUGCUGCCACCGAACCGACGGCCUCAGCCUGGCCCGGUGCGCCCCAAAGGCAGCUGAGACCCAGGAGUGCUCCCCAAAGAGCAUCUAUGGGGUCUACUACAAAUGUCCCUGUGAGAGCGGCUUGACCUGUGAUGCUGAUAAAACCAUCGUGGGCUCCAUCACCAACAAGGACUUUGGGGUCUGCAAGGACCCCCGGGAGUCCAGCAGGCGGUGA